AUGCCGUGCCCGGACGUCCCCGCAAGUCUCGAGCCGGACUCGAGCGGGAUGUGCGAGAAACCCGUGGCACAUCAGGCACGGAUUGACACCGCACCGUCCGUCACGCCCUAUCUCAACCUCCCCUCCCGCCUUUCUCAAGUGUGGAUAAACCGUUGGACCGUACUCCUGCUCCUCGUCCUUGUCCGUGUCCUCCUUCUGAUAGGGCAGCUCGACGACAACGUCGACGACGCCAGGGCCAAGGCACUCUCCGCCUGCACCAAGGUGGAGGAUAUCGGCAGUUCCAUGGCUUCCAUGCCUCAUUACCUGUCGCGUGGCGUCAACGAGCUUGCUGCAGCCGGCAUCGAACAAGCCGUCCAUGCCAUGGUCAAGGGGCUGGACCUCGUCAUGCAGGGCGUCCAAGGCAUCAUCCUCUUCUACAUCAACUUCCUGACGGCGACGUAUGUCUGCCUCAUCACCGCCAUCGUUCACGGCAGCCUGGAAGCUGUCGCCUCCGUCACCGAGGACGCGGCCAAGGCGUUGAACAAGGUCAUCGACGGCGCCGCCGGCGAGAUCAAGGACAUCUCUAGCGGCCUCGAGACCGCCGUGAAAAAGAUCGCCGGCGGCAUCCAAAAGUCCAUCAUCGGCCAGUUCACCCCCGAACUCCCCAAAAUCGACUUCUCGAAGCCUCUCGACACGCUCCGGAGCUUCCAUCUCAACGCCGACGACUUUGCCAAGGACGUCCGCCAGCUCAGCAAGGACCUCCCCGACUUUGACGGGGUGCAGAACCUCACCAAGCAAGCGAUAGCCAUCCCUUUCGACAUUGCCCGCAGCGCUCUCGGCCAGAGUAUGGGCACCUACAAGUUUGAUCGGGAUGCCUUCCCGCUCGCGCAAAAGCGGAAGCUCACCUUUUGCUCCGACAACGACAGGCUGAACGGCUUCUUCCUCAGUCUGUCCAGGCUUCUCCACAAAGCACGCAUCGCCUUUGCCGUGCCGCUUUGCACCUUCGCCUUCGCCGCCAUGAUCCCGAUGGCAUGGUUUGAGGUUCGGCGCUGGCGACGGCAGCAGCAGCACGCCAAGCUGAUUUCUCAGGGGCAAUACGACCCGAUGGAUGUGGUGUAUAUCGUCUCGCGCCCCACGACCGCCACCUGCGGCAUCAAGAUCUCGUCCAGACUCGGCGAGAGGCGCCGGGUUCUCAGUCGGUGGUGUGUCGCCUACGCGACGUCCACGCCGGCCAUCUUCGUCCUCUCUCUCGCCAUGGCCGGCUUCUUUUCGUGCCUUUGCCAGGUCAUACUCCUCAAGGCGGUUCAGAAGGAGGUCCCCGCACUGGCCAGCCAGAUAGGGGGGUUCGCCGACGAGGUCAUCGCGAGCCUCGACAAGGUCUCGAGCGAGUGGGCUGCCGGCGCCAACGGCGUCGUCAAGCGAGUCAACGACGACGUCAACAAUGAGGUGCUCGCGUACGUCACUAACGCGACGGAUGCGGUGAACCGCACGCUCAACGUCUUCCUCGAUGGCAUGGAGAAGGGACUGGAGACGGCGUUCAACGGAACGAUCCUUCUUGGCCCCGUCAAGUCCGUGUUGCGCUGUGUCAUUGGGAUCAAGAUCGAGAGCGUGCAGAAGGGCUUGACUUGGGUGCACGACCAUGCCCAUGUCGACUUUCCGCUCUUUGCCAAUUCGACCUUCAGCCUUGGAGCAAAAGAUUCCAUUUCUGGGGACUCGGGACUUCACACGUUCCUGGCAUCGCCAUCGUCUGUCACGACGAAUGAGGUCACCGGGGCCGUCGAUCGCGUGACCGACUGGCUUCGCAACAACCUUGUAAAGGAGGCGCUCUUGUCGACCGGCAUCCUCCUCGUCUAUGUCAUCGUCGUCCUGGUUGGCCUAACUAGGACGCUCAUACGCCUAGCUGUCCCCGACAGUUCUCGCGCCCGAGGCGGCAACAGAUGA